AUGGUUGGAUAUAGAAGUGGCGAUCCUCUUUUCGAGUUUGAUGCAGACGCGGAACGCAAGCUGCGUUCAAAGAUUGACUGGAACGUUGUUCCUCUAGUCAGUAUCGUUUUCUUGCUUUGUUUCCUUGAUCGGACCAACAUUGGUAAUGCACGCCUUGCCAAUUUUGAGGAAGAGCUCAACUUGCAAGGUUACGAUUUCAACAUCGCUCUCACGGUUUACUAUAUUCCUUAUAUUUUACUCGAGAUCCCGGCCAAUGUCUUCUGUAAAUACAUUGGCCCUGGUUGGUUCAUUCCCCUCUCUUGUAUUGGCUUCGGAGUCAUUACUAUCUCAACUGGGUUUGUGAAUAGCCUCGGGACUCUUUGCCUUGUCCGAUUUCUGCUCGGACUUUUCGAAGCAGGCAUGCUUCCAGCAACCGUUUAUUACCUGUCACGGUGGUAUAGAAGAGAUGAACUGACCUUCCGCAUGUGCUUUUUUAUCUUGUCAGCUUCACUGGCCGGUGCCUUUGGGGGACUUCUUGCCUCCGCCAUUCUUCUACUAGAUGGAUUUGGGACGGUUCAUUCAUGGAGGAUGAUCUUUGUUAUAGAAGGUAUCAUCACUUCCAUUAUUGGAGUCAUUGCCCUCUUUACCAUGACAGAUCGCGCCGACACAGCUCGGUGGCUCAACGAUAACGAGAAAAAGCUCGCGGUGGAGCGAGUGACAUCUGAGCGAGUCGGCCAUGCCCCGAUGACGGAUACGUUCAAUUGGACAAAAUUCCGCCGCGGAAUGAUGAACCCUGUCGUUAUCCCAACAGCCUUCAUCUUCCUUUUCAACAACAUUACUGUUCAGGGUCUAGCCGUCUUUCUACCGACCGUGGUUGCCACCAUUUUUCCUAAAGCAGGAGUAGUUAAGCAGCAACUGCUAACGGUCCCUCCCUACAUACUUGGCACGAUUGCCUGCACGGUUAGCUGCUUCCUGAGCUGGAAGUGGGAUAAUCGGAUGAAUUGGCUUGUGGGCUGUGCAGCGCCCUCUAUCCUCGGGUACAUCAUUUUCAUCGCCACUGACAAUGGAACUGCCCGCUAUGUUGCAACUUUCCUACCCAUGUGCGGUGUAUUCACUUACGGUGCUACGACAGCUGCUCAUGUGUCGAACAAUGCCUUAACAGACACCGGUAGAUCCGCUGGAAUUGGAAUGCACUGCUUCAUUGGCAGCAUCGGAUCUCUCAUCUCCACGUGGAGCUUCCUUAAGACCGAUGCACCACACUACCAUAUCGGCAACGGCAUUAAUCUCGCCUCGCAAAGCACCAUGUGUGUCAUCGCCAUAUCGAUGCUUCUCUGGAUCAACCAUGACAAUAAAAAGAGGGAUGGGCGUGAUAUUGAUUCCGAACUGGCAGGGAGGACCCAGCUGGAGAUCGAAGAGCUUGAGUGGCGGCACCCUCAGUAUCGGUGGAUCAAAUGA